CGGCCGUCUCUUCGCACGGUUUGACCCGUCGCCUACUGGUCGAUCUACUGGCUACUAUCUCGAUUUGUUUCCGCUUGUUCGCUUCGUUCUGCAUCUCGUUUCUCGUUCCGUCUCCUUUGGUCCCCCUUACGACGACAACGUCGACGCGCGAAACACUCCGGAAACACGGACGCAGUAUGUCGAGCGCGACGUCGCCGAGGAGAGAUACUUCCUCGAUGUGUCCGACAACGGAAGCUGGUGAGAACCAGUGCUCGACAAUCCCGUUGAUACGGACAACGUUGCGAAAAAAAAACGUGCUCGGAUUAUCCUUGCUUAUUGUGUUCGGCAACAUCAAUCUUUUCCCCCACACGCAUGACGUGCGUCGUCGCAACGCAAUUUCAGAUAAAUAUAAGAUGACGCUUGUUAGAACAACGAAUGAUUAUCAGAAUUCAAACUGUUUCACUCGCCGCGUAUUUUGCAAUUGUAGAAAAAAGUGGAUUUUACUCAAACUGAGUGAAAGAAACAGUUUGAACUGACUAUUUUUUAUUAGAAUGCUUUUACACUUAGAUUACAGCCUUAUCUAGGAAUGAAGAGAAUUGAAUUGACGACUGCAUAUUAAUUAGCAAUUGUGCAUUAUUAUAUUUUGUAUUGUAAAUCAUUCUUUUAUGUUGCUGUAGUUUAUAAAAUGCACAUUUAUUUGGAAAUAUCUAUUAUAAUUUCUAAUAAGAAAUGCUUAGUUGCUUAACAAUGUACAUUUACAUGUACAUUUCUUUGAAAAUAAUAAGAGCUAUAACAGACAAAAGUAGUAUGUAAAAAAUCUUUUGUGAGUAAAAACCAACUGAAGAGAAAAGUGAACAGAGAUUUGAACAAACCUUUAACAUGAAGUUGCAGUUAAGCUGGAAAAUAUUCGAGCUCGGCAUCCACAGCUCUUGUACGAAUCAAAGCUGUACAAAAUAUUACACGGUGGUAUAGGAAUACCACACAUUCGCUGGUAUGGCCAGGAACGUGAAUAUAAUGUUCUUGUUAUGGAUCUUCUUGGACCAUCACUAGAAGAUCUUUUCACCUUUUGUUCACGAAGGUUUACCAUCAAAACAGUCUUAAUGCUGGCAGAUCAGAUGAUUGGUAGGAUUGAGUAUGUGCACUGUAAACAUUUCAUUCAUAGAGAUAUCAAACCAGAUAACUUUCUCAUGGGGAUUGGAAGACAUUGUAAUAAGUUGUUCCUUAUCGAUUUUGGAUUGGCCAAGAAAUAUAGAGACAGUCGCACAAGAAUGCACAUAAUCUAUCGCGAGGACAAAAAUUUAACAGGAACUGCCAGGUAUGCAUCUAUUAACGCGCAUCUAGGAAUUGAGCAAAGUCGUCGCGACGACAUGGAAUCGCUUGGUUACGUUUUAAUGUACUUCAAUCGGGGAUCAUUACCCUGGCAAGGUCUCAAAGCAGCGAACAAAAAACAAAAAUACGAAAAAAUUAGUGAAAAGAAGAUGUCCACACCAGUGGAAGUUUUGUGCAAGGGAUUUCCUGCUGAAUUCGCAAUGUAUCUGAACUAUACGCGAGGUUUACGUUUCGAAGAGAGCCCGGAUUAUAUGUAUUUGCGCCAGUUGUUCCGUAUAUUGUUCCGUACAUUAAACCAUCAAUACGACUACACAUUCGACUGGACUAUGUUGAAACAGAAAGUCGCCAGUGGAACGGUCGGUGGUGGAGUAUCUACGGCAGGCGCUGGCUUGUCACAAGGUGCUCAGGGUGCUCAGGGACAAGGACAAGGUCAAGGCCAGGCACCCACACAAGCCAACACUCAAUCAGCCAAUCACAAGCUUAAAAGAUGGCUUCUGGAGCCCUCUGCAAAACUACACGUUGCAAUCGGCACAGAUCAUUCCAAGAAGCAAUAACACAAGAGCUCCGUAAUUGCUUUUCCUUUCCUCCCUCGAUGUGAAUCGACACCUCACAAAAUUUUGCGGAGAUAAAGAUUCUUUUAUCUUUUACUAAUGAUAACGACUGAAACAUGGAAAUAUAAGAGCUCGCUAAGACUAAAACUCCUCAUUGUAGCGAUCGCUAAAAGUGUUUGAAACGAGGUACUGAACUUCUUGUAAAACUUUGUCAUUCAAAGAGUCAUAUCAGUCAACACUCUAACUGCGCGAUUGGUGAAACGCAAUUGUGUGAUUACUGAAUAUACGGCACUCGUACAAAUGCGAUCAAGGGAACACGGUGUAUCACAUAAUUAAGCGAGGAUACUACACACGAAAUAUGCUCGUUGUGUAACGUCGAAUAAUGACAACAAAUGUUUUUUGGAAACUUAGAGUUUCGGUUGAUUGAACUCUUUGGAUCUUCGUAAAUGCGAGUGAGAGACCAGCCAGUGAAAAAAAGUGGCUUGUUCUUAUUUUGUUACGUAUUUAAUUUACCGUUGAUAAUUCAUGAUUGAAAAUAAAGAGUUUGAUGUCCUGAUGAAGGAGAGAUCUUAGUAAAAAAAAAAAUAAAAAAAAAAUAAAAAUACAACAAAAGUGCACACGUGGUAUUUGGACUUAGUAGUAUUUGGAUAUAGUGGAUGUAUUUAAUCAACGAGAUUUUUGUUGUGUAAAAUUUUCAUGGAGAGAAAGAGAGGACGCAACGGUUUACACAACCACCAAUUCUUGAAUACUCGCGUACACGAUGUCCGUGUCGUGUAAAAUUUUUGUAUCUACUCUGUGAGCGCGAAAACAGAGAAGAGAUAUAUAUAUAUAUAUAUAUACACAUUAAAAGAAGCAAAUCUGAAACAACAUGAGUGUUUCGUGUGAGUAAUGAACCUCAUUUUUAGGCGAAUUACAAUGAUAUUGCUUCCCAAAAUUUUUCGCUUCGUCUUCAAAUGCGUAGUGUGAGCAUGCUAGUAUGUGAAAUAUAUUGAGAAAGUGUUGAUAUUUUUCCUACUAAAUACUGCUGCGUCAACGGUGUCAAAGAUAUCGCGCACAAUACACAUCUUUGAUGCGUUUGACCGGAAUAACUUUUUUUUACAUGAAUAACAAACGACGUCUCCCCUCGAUAUCAAAUAUGACAAGUACUGUAAGCUAAGGCAACUUUUAAGUACAUACACUAUAUCGAGUUAACAAACUUAUCGCGCUUUUCUUGUCAGAAGAUGAAACAACUAAAGUUGUAAGAAGCGUCUCUCGAUUCAACUCUCUUUCUGUCUGUGAAUAUGUUUGAUGAUGAGAAUCGCAAAAGCAAUCGAUUGUUGGAAAAAAAAAACGAAGGAACUUGUUUUUUAUUUAUUUUUUUUUUUGGUUAGCCGGGUGCAGUUACAGGCUCACUUUCGACUAUUGCUAAUGUCAUGAUAUUAAUUGUUUCGUUUCGCGACGGUAUUCCUGUAACUGAGAAUUCCAGCUGUAAUAAUUCUUCCGUAUGUAGUUUUUAAUAGCUGAGAGACUGUGCAGUAGCUGUUUCACGUGCUGUUGCUUCAAGAUUUAAGUUUGAUAUUUUGUAUACAAUAUUUAAAGGGACUUUAUUCACACGUGACCAAUACAAGUAACAGUUAUAUUCGUACACAUACUAUUAUACAUGCAUACGCAAAGAGAAGACGAGAAGAGUCGCCUCGAUCGAGUCAUGGAAACACUUUAUUGACGAUACUGCGAACUGCGAAAACUUUAAUCAUUUUUAUUUCACUUAAGAAUUUCUUUUUUUAGUAUCAUUCGUUCUAGCUACAUUUUUUCACAAGUCCAUUUAUUCUGCGAGCAUUAGUUUCGACAAACAAGAGAAAAUGUUUAGUAAUCAUAUACCUUUUAACGAAGUUAAAUAUAUUAGCGUGCGGUCACACGUCCUCGUCGUGGAAGGUACUACCAGUCGUCGUCCGGUCAGCCUUAAGGGUUUGCGAAGAGUAUGCGAAGACAAACUAAAUUCGUUUAUACGAUCGCGAAAGCUUGCUACACUUCGAGAAAGCAGAUUGAUGCUGCCUGGAUUAUAUAUAAACGUGAGAAAGAAGUAACCAAUAACCAUCCUCGAUUGAAUGCGUGAUUUAAUUAUAUUAUUAAAA